AUGUCCAUCCCAAAUGAAGCUCUCCAGAAGCUCCUCCAAGAAAUCGAAGCGCGGGUGAUCACCUCGCAGCAACAAAUCGGAAUCACAAAGGCGCAGAUGACGAGCAAGAACCGCGAUAUCCGGAUGCUCGAGCUCACGUCGAAGGAAAUUGGGUCGCUACCUGGUGAUACGAAGGUUUACGAGGGGGUUGGGAAGAUGUUCGUUGGUGUGCCCAGAUCGACGGUUGAUAAGCGGAUAACGACAGAGAGCGGGGAGCUGAAAGGGGAGAUUGAGGGCCUGGAGAAGAGGAUGCAUUAUUUGGAGAUGACGUUUAAGAACAGUCGGGAGAACUUGGAGGCUAUAUUGAAAUCCGGCGGAAAGGCGUGA